UAGUUAUUUUCAGGCACACUAUUAUCAUGGCCUCAUUACCUGACGAAAAAGCUGCAAGAACACGUGAACUGUACGAUAGAAUAAGCCUGGGCAUCGUUCGGUCUCUCGAGAAAAGAACGGGUGUAACAGAUGUAAAACUACUGGACCGUAAGCCGGCUGAUCCAGCCCGAAUACAAGAAUGGGAACAAGAGCAUGUGUGUGCCCUCCCUGAAGACAUCAAGAACUUCUACAUUACAACAGACGGUCUCCUGCUGUGCUGGAGUGUUAAGUUCAAUGGAUCUGUCACUCCAUUAGGUAGGAUGGAAGUGAAUCCACUCGCAAACUUGAAGCGUAUAACAAUCCCUCAGUGCAAUAAACACGGUGCAACACAGAGCGUAUCAGUGGAGGACACAGGGUCAGAUGAUGAGGACAGCAAGGCUCGGCCCAGCUUCUCUCAAAUAGAAAGAGCUUUUGAAAUAGACGCUUGUUGCUCUCAUGGGAAGGUUUGUUUGGUUUAUGAAGUUGGAGAAGGUUCAGAUCCCAAGAUUUGGUUUCUCGACAGAGCUGUCCGCUGGCACUUCCUAGCUUCUUCCUUCAUGGAAUACUUCAGACUUAUGGUUAUGCAUCUCGGACUACCACAGUGGCAGUAUGCUUUCACUGACAUAGGACUCUCUCCUAUGUCGAAGCAGUGGUUUAACUUGUAUGCACCUGUCCGUCUUGCUAUUGAUGAUGAGCAACUCAGCAGACAUUUGUCGGACACCGAUGCUGAUAUUGUUGUUGCAGACAAGAAUUACUCCAUUGGCAAGAUUGAUAUUGACAGACUUUUCAAACUUACAAAUGAUAAAACCAGAGACAAACCAGUCAAGAAGAAGCCCCAACCAGUGCCAUCUCCACAGACAAGCAACCAGAAACUUACAUCAACAAGGCCCUCACUCGCACAUCUUGCCUCAAAACGACAUACCAGAUGACAUUAGGUGAUCAUAUUCUUGUCUCAUAUUCGAGCCCAUCAUGGUCAACAAAGCCUUUUUUAUGUGUUCUAUGUGCAUGUUCUUAUUACCAUUUUAUUCACUCAGCUUUAUUUGCUCCUUAUUUCAUUGGGGGCAACUCGUUUUGACGAUCAUUCAUGACCGAUUAAUAAACUAAAUAGAUAGUUAGGCAGUACUAUUUAUAUUAAUGGACUUUCUGUUUUCGGAUAUUUUUAAAGAAACAUCCGAACAUCGAUACAAAGUUAUUUUUCUGUUAAUUGUACUAAAAAUUCAAAUAAGUAUUAUUACGU